UAUAUUGGAGCGUUCAUUGUUGUUUGCAAUGAGCUCCUUAGCAUUUUGGACGAUUUUUGCUGUUCUGUACCAGACGGUCUUCAGCAUCAUAAUAAGCUGGUUGAUCCUAAGCUGCAAGCUGCCCCCGACCGAGGGCGAGCUGCAGGAGGUGACGCUGCUGAAGCUGCUCUACCUCCACGACCCUGAGGCUUGUGGCCGGGUCUACUUCUACAACUACACCAGGACCUACCCAGUGCCUUCUUCGAGCAUAGUGUGGCCGGUGAAGAAUGAAGUCGCUUCGCUCUUUCGAGGAAAGAUCUGCGCAUGGCUCUCUCUCCACGUCAUAUGGGCUGUCCUCGGCAUCGCCUACAUGACCCAGGGCCAGCGGCCCUGCGGCCUCUACGUGACCCUCAUGCCCUUCACCCUCACCGGCCUCGCGAUCCUGGUCAUGGACCUGGUAUACACCACCAUGUUCUUGAUGGAUGCGAGAAAGACCAGCACUGAAGCAAAAAUCCUGAACUACAUAAAUUCCGACAGCGACUCGAUAAGGAUUGUGAACAAGACGCACCAGUCUGUCCCGGCCUCCACGUCUUCAGGCCUGGAGAAGGACACCUCCUGGAUAGCGCUGCUGCUUGCCUACAUCAGCUGCAGGGCGCUGGUGCAGUGGAUUGUCAACUUCUGGAUUGUGAAAGACAAUUAUAUCGAGGGCAUGGCUUAUUACAGUGAGUAA